UCCUGUGGCCACUGAUGAAGGACUAGAGGAUGACCAACACAAGCUGCAGCAGCAGAUGAGCUGUCGUCUCUGACGUUACAUCUACAAGGUGGAGCGACAAGAUAGCAGUGUCUAUUAGAGUGGACAGUGAGUGGACACAGUGGUUAAAAACAAGAUAUUUGACCUUGAAUUGCAGUGGAGUUAAAGUAAAUCGCCGCCCGAAAUAGAAACAUUUCAGUUGAAACAACAGGCGACUUCAAAGCUUUAAACUAUCUUCCCGCUUCUGCGUGUCUGAGCAGUCACGGGUUUUCCUUCAAACCGUUGGCUAAUUCAUAAAUGAGACGGAGGUAAUUCACACUUGUGAUUGGCCAAUGCAAUUUGAGUGCCAGAUCUGUUCUAUGAUUGGCUGAUGCGAGAAAUGAUUGACAGCGUCUCCGACCAUUCGUUACGCUCACUGGUUCUCCGGGCUGCGGCCACACGUUCUUGGUUUCAGCCGUUGUGGACAGUCAGGCUGCAGUUCCCGGAUAGUAUUGGACACUAACUCCUCUCUGCUUCGAGGUAAAAGUGAUGAUUUUAUGAGCUGUGGGGUUUUAUGUUUUGGGGCGACGCUGGGUUGAAUUUGAUCGGUCGUAGACGCCUGUUUAUGCUGUAAAAUGGAUCAAUUUAUUCUGGCACUAAACCUCUAUUUUAGAGUCUAAUCAUGGUUGAACUUCAGUCUUUUUGCUCCAGUAUUUUAAAGCUCGAUUAAGAGUUAAAUUAAGAGCUGAGGAGGAGUUUAAACCGUGGCGGAGAGAUGGAGCUGAAGACCGAGCCGAGCUGAAUCUCUGAGACUUCACUUUCAUUUCUUUUUCCCGGACUCUGUUCCAGUCCAGUCCGCGGAUCCACUGGACGGUGAUGAAGCUCUGCUGCGCUCCGCUUGCCUGCUCAGACAUCUGGUAGUUGAGCUCGUUAUUUUGUAAAAGGAGAAUAAAACGACGAACUGUUGGCGAAAGUGACCCCAGUAGCUGAUUUUAUAGAAACUGAACACAAAAGAUGGAUAUUGAUUGUUCUCUUGUGGACCGUGAAAGAGCGGAGCUUAUCCAGCGUGUUUCUUUAGUAAUGCCGGUGGCUGAUGUGCUGAAGUCAAAGGGAAUGUUAAGUAAUGAGGCAUUUUCGGAGAUUGCUGCAGAAAAGACCCCCCAGGCACAGAUGAGAGCGCUUUACAGGCAUUUGGAUUGUGGAGGACAUGCAGCAAAAACUACUUUUUACCAUGCACUGAAGGACCAGAAUCGUUUCCUUAUUGAAGACUUGGAGAGAACAUUCAAAAAUGGAGAGACAUCACAUAACAGACAGGAACCUAGCGAAAUAAGUGUGGAGGUGGAGGAACCCCAGAACCUUGAAACAAUAUGGCAUAAAUCCAGCGAGAAAUGGCAGAGAGAUUUAACGGAUCUCCUUAAGGAUUCUGAUCGGCAGAGCGUCGGAAAUGGGAAACUCUUCCUGUGCACAAAGACCAACAAAUACAAAAUAGGAGCAGGAGCUGAUGGUACCAUAGUUUACCUUGGAAUAAAAGCAGAUGGUACUGAGGUAGCCAUCAAACGAAUGGUCAAGGCCAACAAUGAACAACUGAAAAAUGAGAUAUCACAUCUCCGUCUCCUUGAGAGCAAAUACAUAGUCAGAUAUGUGGAUUUUGUUGAAGGUGAAGAUUUUAAUUACCUUGCUCUCCAGCUUUGUGAAUACGAUUUGGAAAAAUACAGGAAAGAAAAACUUCAUGAAAAAGGAGAAGAGGACAAAAUGAAGGUUUUAAAGAAAUUGGCAAGGGAAGUGCUUCUUGGGUUACAGGUUGUCCACGACGCUGGUAUGAUUCACCGAGAUAUAAAACCCAAUAAUGUUCUGAUAGAUGUGGAAGGUAAAGCGAGGCUGGCUGACUUUGGCAUAAGCCGCAUACUAGACGGAGGUGAAAGCACCAGGUGCACCUCAAGAGUGGGUACUGAAGGCUGGGAGGCAGCAGAGAUACUGGAGAAUGAGGAAGAAAAAAAAUGCGCCUAUAACAAGAAAACUGACAUACAGGUGGCUGGAAUGUUACUGCAUUACAUUCUCUCGGAUGGGUUUCAUCCCUUUGGCAAACAUAUUUUUCGAAUGGCAAAUAUUGCAAAUGGGAAAUACUCACUUCAUGAGAAGAUUGAAAAGGAUGUGGAAGCCAAAGACCUGAUUGAGGGGAUGCUUCCAAAAGAUCCAGAAAAGAGACUGAAGAUUGAAGAGGCCGUAGAUCAUCCUUAUUUCUGGGAUGAUCACAGGAGAAAUGCAUUUUUGAGGGACGUUGGAGAUGUGGAAGCUGUUCAGAGAUUCAGAAAUGUAGAUAAAAGCAUCGCGGAGGUUGUGGCUACAUAUACUACCUUUUCUGGAUGGAAAUCUAAGAUUUCUGAAGUUCCCCAGAUAAAACCUCCUGACAAAAACCUUCCAGAUGAUUUACUUGGCCUGCUACGUCAUCUGCGUAACUUACUGGUGCACAACAAAAAAGCUUUUGACGACAACAACAUGUUUAAAGAUCUGUUCCCGGACUUCUUCAUCAGUGCACACAAGCUGGCGAAGACGAUGGGUUGGAUUGCUUGAGGGCCCCUCAUGAGAAGAUGCACUGAUGAAAUGCAAUUAUAAUUCUGCAGCUUCUGUUUUAUAUUCCAGAUUUUUUUAUAUUUUAGCAUAUAUGGCAACUAUUGCAUAUGUCCCAUAAUCAGGGAGCUUCACAUUCAAAUCAUUUUACAGUUACAUAACUGUAAAUGGAUUAUUCAUUGAGUGGUACAGUAUAGAAAGCAGGGUUCAAAGGGACAAAGAAACCUCACGAUAAGUUAAGCAGACGCCACUGUACUCAGCGUCCUAGAUACUGAGGGCCCAAUCCCAUUUCUUAUUUUUUCCCCUACCCCUUGUAGUGGAUGAAAUCUUCCCCGUAUGAAAUGAGACAACCUUUCAAGAACCGGAUACGAAGGAGACUGAAAAGCAUCGGCGCUCGCGAUUCAAUCACAACUUCAGUUUUACACACUAAUCAAUCAAACGAGUCACUGAAUAAAAAAAAGAGCACAAACAA